AAAGAUACCAGAAAAAUAUUUGGAACUGCUAAGAGUUUUGCAGUUUUUGGUUUUUUUUUUCGGUUUUUGAAUGUUAAGUUGAAAAAUUGAGAAUAAGAGAUGAUUCUAUAAAUGGAUUUUAUGCAGGUGCUUUUACAUCUAUGAUCAUUUCUUUAAAUUUAAUGAGAGGUAGAGGGUUAAUUUGGGCUGGAUUUAGUGGAGGCUUAAUGGGAAUGGUUUUUUAUUAGUUUUAGUUUAUUUUUGGACAUUGA